UAACUGAAAUGUAUAAAACUAAAGGUUUAUUUAAUAAGAAUAAGUAAACAGUGUGUAAAUAUGUGUUCUACAACAAUAAUGUAAACAAACUGAGUAAACUUUAUCUGACUGGAUCACAUAAGAGGAAAGUGGGCGUUUUCCAGCAUAUUGUCUACGGGUUCGCCCACACUGCCCCCACACACUUGGCACUGCCAUGCGGACAACACGUCACACGCAUUCCGCUUGACUGACAAACGGCGACAAGUGUGCUUAAUAAGGUAGAACAUGUGAAUGGGUGUGUGGGAAUGUAAGGUCUGUGGAAAAUCAGUCCCAAGUAGGUCUUGGAGAGUUCGUGAAAGGCACAGUCCAGACAGUCAUUGCUGAUAAUUUAGGAGCCCACGGGAUUGCAGGCUUCAUCGAAAGCUUCUCUGGUGUGUACUUCUGCAGGUUUUGUACAGGUGAGAAAACAGACAUUCAGGACAAGGCUGUUCAGUCAGGACAUUUUAACUUACGAACAAAAGAUGUACACGAAACACACAUUAAGUUUGCAAGGGAGAACUCAACAAUCUAUUGUGGAGUAAAAAGAGAGUGUGUUUUUACUAAGAAUUUAUCUCAUUUUGAUGUUACCCGAGGCUACCCUCCUGAUAUAGUCCAUGACUUAUUUGAGGGUGUUGUUCCUGUUGAAAUUGCCCUCUGCAUCAGUGAAAUAAUUUCCAAAAAAUAUUUGUCUCUUGACACGCUAAACAACUUAAUCCUGAACUUUCCAUAUAAGUGGGGAGACAGAACUAAUAAACCUCAUAUUAUACCACGCACUUACGCCUCUAGAAGGACCAUUGGGGGUAACGCCCAUGAAAAUUGGAAUCUUUUGAGGUUGCUUCCGUUUAUAAUAGGAGACCUGAUACCAGAGGCAGAGCCUGCUUGGCUUGUGUUGCUUGACUUAAAAGAAAUAGUUGAACUUGCUGUUGCCCCUCUUCAUAAUAAAGAAACCAUCGCCUACUUGGACUGCAAAAUCACAGAACACAGAGACAGGUUCUUGGAACUUUUUCCUGCACGACUCUUACCAAAACAUCACUUCCUCGAACAUUACCCUCAAUUAAUUGAAUGUUUUGGGCCUUUGGUAGGGCAGUGGACUAUGAGGUUCGAGGCGAAGCAUAGCUUCUUUAAGAAAGUUGCUCGUCACACAAAUUGUUUCAAGAAUAUUCCACUGACAUUAGCAACUAAACAUCAGCAAAUGAUUGCAUAUCAUAUCAGUGCAUUACAUCUUAAACCUGCUUUGGAAGUUGAAAAUGUUUCUGUGCUUCCUGUAGAUGUAAUGAACAAGGAAGUAGUGGGCAGUCUUAGGCAGAAAAACCCUGAGAUCAAUGAUGUACAUCUUGCCAAAAAUGCAACCAUUAAAGGCAUCUCCUACAAAAUUGGUAUGCUUAUUCCAUAUGGUUCCACAGGUGGCUUACCUGGCUUUGCAGAGAUCCUUCAAAUCUGCAUUGUUGAAAGAAGUUUGAGCUUUGUUGUAAGGGUAUUGUUUGCAUGGUAUCGUGAGCAUUUCAGAGCUUAUGAACUAACGAUAUCUCCUAAUAGAGAGGUUGCCCUAGUUCAUCUUGAAAACCUGGCCGAUGCUUAUCCACUCUGUGACUACACUGUGGGUGUGAAACGAAUGGUUACCUUGAAAAGGCACAUUAUUGUUUAAGAAUCCAUAAAGUGAAAGAUGUCAAAUCCAGUUCACCUGAGAGUCGUCCUCGGCGGAGAUGACGCUAGAAAACUUAGCCUGAUGUCAGGGAUACCAGCAUCUGUGGAUCAACUUGUCCAUGAGAUAAAGACUGCUUUCGGACUUGUGCAGCAGUUCAGACUGCAGUAUAAAGAUGCAGAUUUUGGAAAUGAAUAUGUUAAUCUCAUUUCAACAAGUGAAAUAAGAGACAGGGAUACUGUGAAAGUGGUAUUUUUUGCAUGUGAAGAAACUAUCUUCAGCAUUCCAGGUACUCUACCACCUUGCAGCACCAGCACCCCACUGACUUCUCCCAACAUAUCCCAAAGCUCUGUGAACUCCUUCAGCUCUCGAUCCUUGGACGAGGAUGGAUUUUCCUCUGAUCACUCAUUUGGCAGUGCAGACACCAUCAUUUUAGAUCCAUCUCCAGAGUCAAGAACCUCUUCAUGGCCUCCAGUCUUCAUUGUUCCCAACUUUUCAUAUUUUGCUGACAUUCUACUUCAGAGAGCAAAUGCAGAAUUCAGAGAAAACGGCACUCUUCUUACCCCUCCCCCAAAGCUAAGAAUGGAUAUUCUUGAAGGCAUGGCUGAACAGAUCUUCAAAUACACAGCAUACCCCAGUGACUCCCAACUUGAAGAGGCUGCUGAGGUCUUGGUGCAUGUCCAUCCAUGUUUGAGGGAAAGAGGAACUCGAGCUGGCCAUGAAGGAUGGAAACAGUAUCUAAAGACAAAAGUUGCCAAUUUCCGCACAAAACUGUGCAAGAUUGGUUACCCAGAAGUCAGUGUAAACUCUCUUAAGAACAAGCGCAAAGGUCAAGAAAAAGCAGCUGCAAACAUCAAAAAACCAAGAAAAGCUGAAGUUAACUUUCUCCCAUCUCUCCCUUGCGGUGAAACGAGAGAGAGUCUUGAAAAUGAAAGAGUAGCUCUCUUGACAGAGGUGAAAAAGAGACACAAUGAAGCUGUGGUCAAGCAGAAAAUGCAGAAGACCUUCUCCUACAGACGUCAAGAGGUUGUCCAGGACUCGCCUUUAGUCUCUGACUUUGUGAACAGAUGGCCUGGCUUGUUCACAGUCAGUGAGAUAAAUGCAGAAUUCAUGCGUAUAACAACUUUGCCACUUCAAGCCAAGUUUUUGGGAGAAGUAGACAAAUACACACCUAACUUGAUGAAGGUCUUCAGCAGUAGAGGAGGAGCUGCUGGAAAGAAGAUCAGGCUUCUCAUGGCUCCGACAACUAAGAGUGAGGAUAUCGAAGUCAAGAGGGACUGUGUACUUCAAGGUCUUUGUGCUUAUCUUAAUGAGGACAGCAACACUCUUAUCAAGAAGUACUUGAACGUCAACAUUGCGGAAGCUGAGAGAGAAAUCGCACAGACCACCAUGGGGCUGUAUGUGAUCCAAAAAGAGGGUGCUGAUGAGGAGGGAAAGCCAGAGGAUGUUGGAGUAGUGAUUGAGGGCGUGGAACUUCUGUGCAAUCUGGGAAGUGUUUCCUUUGGGUGUGCCAUGCUUUUUGGGCUUAUCUACACACUCAACCUGAGCUAUCCCCAGGAACUCAAAUUCACAUUUGAGUUCUUUCAGAAAGUGUUGAUGAACUUGGAUGGUAACAGACUGUCCCCAAAGGUCCAAGCACUUAAAAUAAAGAUGCUUCAGUGAGCUCAGAAGUUAAGGGGCUGGACAAUUGAGCCCAGCCACAUUUAGUGUGUUGGACGUUGCCAUUGUGAUCUUCUUCACUUUGUUUGAAAUUGUUGAUUGUGCUGUGAAAUGUGUUGAAUGUGCUGUUUGAAGGGAUGGGGCAUUUGUUUAGAUGAACCUGCUUCUGGACACUUUUCAUUGAUAUUACUUAGUUUCAGUUAUUAUUUUGUUCCAGUUGAAGAGGAAUACAGCAUUCAUAUGCACAGCUUUCAUUACUGUAACUGACUAAAUGUUAUUUGUUCAUUAGUAAGGGAAACAACUUGCAUUUUUCUGAAAAUUGUGUUCAAUAAUUACCAAUAUUGAUGUGAGGUGCAGACCUUGUAGAUUCUUAUGUGGAGUUCUCUUCUCCUUUAAUCCUCUUAUUAGUUUCUGCCUCUGAACAUCCCUGGGGGUCAGGUGGACAGUCACCUGUGGAUGUGUACAGUUUUUGAUUGCCUUUCUUGUGAAACAAGUGCCAGUUUGCUGAGCUUGCUUGGCCCUCAUGUGGUGAGGCUAAAAUGAGUGUCCUUGAAUAAGGACUUAAGUCUUCAUUUUCAUUUAUGUAUUUGUUUAGUUUUUUUGGUUGAAUCUGCGGUGUAAUGCAGUAUAAUAUUAUGCUAUGUGGCCAUUUUAUUAGGUACAUGUGUACACUCUAAUGCAGUCCAUUUCAUGUUGAUGCAAAACAUAUUUGCAUAAUCCAUGUGGUGCAGACAUGUUUAAAGUUGCUGUAAUUUUGAAAAUUGCCGAUAAAGUUGUCGGAGAAAU